AUGCCGGGGGUUUGUGGGUUGAGUUCUAAUUCGUUUAAGAAAAAUCUGUUGCUGGGUAAUAGUGAUAAUGAUGAGGUCAUUGGCUAUGAAAAUGGUAAAUGUAGUAGUAGAAAGGGGAAUGGGAAGAGAGGGAGAAAGGGUGUUUUGGAUAAUACAAGUAAGCAGGUUGGGUGCAGCGAUUCGACUGACCAGGGGGAGAAAACUGGUGUUGAGGAAAUGAAGAGAGAAGGAAAUGGUAUGGACGGGGUCACUGACUAUGGAAAUGGUAAAUGUAGUAGUAGAAAGAAGCGUGCCAAGAGGGGGGGAAAUGGUGAAUUGGACAAUAUGAGUAAGCAGGGUGGGGGCUGCUAUAUGAGUGACAGGGUGGAUAAAAUUGGGAGGGAUACAUGUGGUGAUGAUGAGGAAAUGAACAGAUAUGGAAGUGGGGUUAUGCAAAGAGACACGAUGGUUACGGAUGAUGCGUACACGGGUUUCAAAGAGUUGAUGGAUGGUGGAGUUGAUGAUGAUGAUGAGGAGGAGGAGGAGGAGGAGGAGGAGGAGGUCGUAGUGGAGGGCCACAAUGGCAUAUUGAAGAAAGCAAGUGUGACCCAAUUGCCACCAAGCUCACCUGGAAGAAGUGAUUCCUACUUGAGUGAAAGCAGGUUCGAUCAAUGUUCCAUCUCUGCAAAGUCACUAAAAGGACUUAAAGAUGCUGGAUACGAAAAGAUGACCAUGGUGCAGGAGGCUACACUUCCUGUCAUUCUCAAAGGCAAGGAUGUGCUGGCCAAGGCUAAAACGGGCUCUGGGAAAACUGUCGCAUUUUUGCUUCCUGCAAUUGAAGCUAUUGUAAAAUCACCUCCCAUUGCUCAUGAUCAAAAGCAUUCUCCAAUUCUUGUGCUUGUAUUAUGCCCAACUCGGGAGCUUGCAAGUCAAGUUGCUUCAGAAGCCAGCAAACUGUUGAAGUAUCACCCAUCUAUUGGUGCUCAAGUGGUAAUAGGAGGUAUUAAGAUUGCUCAGGAACAGAAACAAAUGCGAAAAAAUUCUUUCCAGAUUCUUGUGGCUACACCUGGAAGGCUUAUAGAUCAUCUUCAGAACUCAGCUGGAUUUGCUACUCGGCUGAAGGGUGUUCAAGUCUUGGUCCUUGAUGAAGCUGAUCGUUUGUUAGACAUGGGAUUUCGCAAAGACAUUGAGAAAAUAAUUUCUGCUGUUCCAAUCCAGCAUCAAACUCUUCUGUUUUCUGCCACUAUUCCGGAUGAGGUUCAUAAAAUUUGUGAUGUUGCUUUGAAAAGGGACCAUGAGUAUAUCAAUACAGUACAGGAAGGACUCGAGGAGACAAAUUCACAGGUGAGACAGAUGCAUAUAGCUGCUCCUUUAGGCGAACACUUUUCGAUACUAUAUACUCUGCUGAAAGAGCAUAUAAAAGAUUAUGCUAAUUAUAAGAUUCUUGUGUUUUGCACAACGGCGAUGGUUACAAGAUUUGUAGCAGAUCUUCUUAUGAAGCUUAACUUGAAUGUCCGGGAAAUUCAUUCUCGAAAACCACAAAGUUACAGAAACAGGAUUUCUGAUGAAUUCCGGAAGUCAAAAGGUCUAGUUCUUGUAACUUCUGAUGUAUCUGCACGAGGAGUAGAUUAUCCAGAUGUUACACUUGUUCUACAGAUUGGCGUGCCAGCUGAUAGACAACAGUACAUACAUCGACUAGGUAGAACUGGACGUAAAGGUAAAGAAGGACGAGGUAUACUCGUGUUGGCACCCUGGGAAGAGUUCUUCUUGUCCAGUAUCAAAGACUUGCCAAUAACAAAGGCAUCGGAACCAGUGGUUGAUCCAGACACUAGGAAACUGGUUGAACUCGCACUAGCCCGUGUGGAUGCGAAGAUUAAAGGCACAGCUUAUGGGGCAUGGCUUGGAUAUUACAAUUCCAAUAAGAAUGUGCGUAGAGACAAGAAUCGGCUUGUAAUGCUGGCAAAUGAGUAUAGUCGAAGCAUGGGACUUGACAACCCACCAGCCAUUGCGAAGAAAAACCUUAGAAAAAUGGGCCUACAGAGCAUUCCUGGACUGCGCUCUGAGUAG